GUAAUCUUCAAGUUAUGGAGAUCCCCCUAGCUAUUGAUUUUCAUCAAAGAUUUUUGUUGAUUUGAAACCACUCCAGAAACGCGAAAUAAUACUUUCCUCUCAGUCGAAGGAGAUAUCUUCAAGUUGAAGUCCGAGACGUAAUAAAUGGUGCAAGCGAAAUUUUGCAGCACAGCUUUAGCUUUCAACUCGGAGUCGGAAGCUUGAAGCUUAAAGUUGGUUUACCACCGUCUCUAUAUCGCCUUCCAGCUGCAGCCUGAAAGGUACUUAGGUCCAUAUCUUGAUGUCGGCUUUUGUGAGCCUGUCAAACUUCUUCACUACCUCCAGGCCUCGCCCACACUCCUUAGACUUCCCGGAAUCUGUCCUUGACAGCUUACCGAUAGACUUUGACGUAACAGAGGUAGAGCAUAGUCUGUUGACGGUUGAAGAUCCAGAAUUCCGUGAGCAUCUGCUCUCUUCAAUUGAAACAGCAUCUCCCGAGCAGUUGCGCGCUCUCGUCGUUCAGCUCGCCAACGAGAUACCCGAACUACAACGGUUUCUUGUCCAAUCGCUCACCUCCUUGAAGGCAUUGUCAAAAGGGGUUUCGGAGGUCUCACGCAUUGACACGAAGUCUGAUGCAGACUCAAACGAAGGGUCAUUCAGCUUAGAGAGUGUGUCAACGGAGUCUGGAAGUUGCCCCAGCUGGAAGUCCGCCUGCUCAGUGAUUAAUUGGGACGUCAAUAUCGAGGAUGUCCCUGAGAUCCAAUCUGAGGUGGGCGUGGAUGUCGGAUCGUGCCCGCGCUGGGACAUCUGCGUGAAUUGCGGGAAAAAAUUCGAUAUGAACGCGGUGCGCGGGCCGUUCGAAUGCUGCUAUCAUCCGGGGUUCCUCCAAAAAGAUGUUGAACGGCACAAACGGUGCGAUCCUUGGUCGUACCCAGAGGACUUCAUCUGGAGGUGCUGUAACGAAAGCAACCCAGAGGGAUGCGAGACUGGUUAUCAUAUACCUGCCGGAGACAUUGGGCUACCGCGGUUGUCUUGAAGCGACCAUUCGCCUUUGAGCAUUGAAGCAUUAUACUGCUUCAUGUUUGCACGCUGUCGCGUGGAACUGAACAGGUCUUCACCAAGCGAGACGAUAUCUGUCCUAGCUAACAUCUUGCGUAGACUUUUUUUCGAAUUCAUUAUUGUCCGUUGGGGUUGACCCUAUACCUCUCCUAUCUGUAGGGCGGGGCGCUGGCCCUUAUAUUUCAUAUGUAAUUCUCGUUAUUUCAGGGCCGCCCCAACUAGGUGAGGCAUUCUACCAAGGAAGUUACCGUGGUGGGAAGAAGACAGUGCUUGAAUGCGUGCUUUAUUUUACGUUUUAUUUUCCCCCUCUUAGUAGCUAUUUAUCGU